AUGGAAAGGCAGCUGUUUCGCGCCGUGUGUCUGACCCUGCUCCUGGGCACCGUCCUGUCGUGCGUCGCGUCGGAAACAAGUGAACAGAAGCCUGCGGCAAAUUUCACAACCACCAUCCCGAAAGAGGGACUCGAGAGGGACGUGGAGCAAGUUUUUUACCUCGGACCGUCCAGCACGCUCCAGGUCAUCGACGAAACCGGGAAAGCCAAGUAUCUGCCGGAACCGAGCACAUCCUCGGAUGAGUCUUUGGCGGAGUCGUACCCUGCCGCGUAUCGAUUUGAGAACGGAGCGUGUGAUUUCAGCAAGACAGUCGACUUCAAGGCUGCAUUUCCUGGGUACACAAAGCCGCUAUGGGUCGCUGACGAGAAAGGUUCGGGGGCGAGUGGGGAGGCGUCCUCGGGAGGGCCUGUUCGGUACACAUUUACGAAUCCGCCUGCAGAGUGUUUGUCUGGGGUUUUGAGUUUUUGUGUGCGGUUCAAGACGGUGCUGGCUGCCGGGUCGGAUUCAGCAACUAGUUCAUCGACUGCGGUGACUUCCGCUGGGGAUUCCGACUCACAGCUCCCCGACGACGAUCAGAAUAAUGAUGAACCUCCUGCAAAGGCGGAGCCUGACAAAACGCCCAACGGUGACAGUUCGUCUGGAGGAGAUUCGUCCAUUUCUCCGGAGGCCCCUACUCAGCCGGCACCUUCUGUUGGAGGGGGGCAGAAAGAUGAAGGAAAGACGCCAACCGGUGUUCCGUCCCCUGGGGAUCUCGUCGUUGUCCCCACUCGGACAGGGAUUCGAGCCGAAACACCGAAGCUGACUGCUCUUGACUCAAGCCCAAUUCUAAACGGGCCUUCUCUCCCCGGAUCGACGGAGAAGUUGACCGAAAACACGUUGUCCGCAACCGAAGACGGCCACGAAGUCCAGAGUGGCAACGCAGAAGACAACCGCGCUCCAUUGAGACGGUUGGCUGACACGCCUGCAGUGAAAGAGGCGUACUUGACUGUUGUGGUGCACUCCGCAGCUUGGGGCUCUGCAAGCGGAAUGGGUGCAGUGUUCGGUCUUUUUCUCACUGCGGUAACCGCUUUAUUGCAUUUUUCUUAA